AUUCGAGAGGGAAAUUAUAUACAAAAAAUUGCGGAAACCCUAGCCACCCAAGGGCGAAAAUUUGCCAAGUUUGCUCAGUUAUUCUCCCAACCAUUCAAUUAGGGCUACCAAGAUUGCAGUUUGAUUCAGUUUUGUAUUUGGAAGAUGGGGAGAAGAGUCAAGCAGAAGAAGUUCAAAUUCGAGGACGACGAUGACGAACUUCAGGUUGUGAAUAGUGCGGCUUCGAAGUCUGCAAAUUCGCUGAGCAGUGACGACGACGAGGCCAAUGAAGAUCUUAGCCUCAAAAUUGUCGAGAAGGCUAUGCAAUUGCGCUCCGGAAAGUUGGUUACCGAUGCCGGCGUUAAUAAGGAUGUUAAGUGUGAACAAAGUGGUAAAGGUGAUAUUGUUGGCGUUGGAGCCAUUCGACUGCUUUCAUCGACAUUGGAGGGUGCCGACGCCGACGACGGAACUGACAGAGCCAGCGCUGAUGGCAUUGCUGCUGCUUCUGAGGGGCGAGAACUAGGGAGUAAGAAGACAGUGAAGAAGAGGAAGAAGAAAGUUAAGAAGCUGGGAACCGAAGACCGCGAUAUGGUUGUCACAGAAGGUGCGAAGAUCAAGACAACUGGAAUGAUAGAUCAUGUGGAUUCAGUGGAACCAAACUCUACCGAGACAACUGAUAAUAAUGUGUUCAGGAAGCUUCUUCGUGGACCAAGAUAUUUUGAUCCUCCAGAUAGUUGGGGAACAUGCUAUAAUUGUGGUGAGGAAGGUCAUAAUGCUGUGAAUUGCACAUCAGCUAAACGGAAGAGACCAUGUUUUGUCUGUGGAAGUUUGGAGCACAAUGCAAAGAGUUGCUCAAAGGCACGAGACUGUUUUAUUUGUAAGAAAGGUGGGCAUCGUGCAAAUGACUGUCCAGAGAAGCACAGGGAUGUCUCUUCAAGCUUAAAAAUAUGUUUAAAAUGUGGAGAUUCUGGGCAUGAUAUGUUUUCUUGUCAGAAUCUUUAUCCAGAUGAUGAUCUUAAGAACAUACAAUGCUACAUUUGUAAGAAAUUUGGUCAUUUAUGUUGCGUGAAUUCCAUCAGCGGUACUUCAGUAGUUUCCUGCUAUAAAUGUGGACAGACUGGACAUACUGGUCUGUCAUGCUCGAGAUUACGUGGGGAUGCCUUUGGUGCUGUAUCACCUAGUCAAUGCUAUAGAUGUGGUGAAGAAGGGCAUUUUGCCCGUGAGUGCACAAGUUCAACCAAGCUUGCUCAGAGUGGCAAGAGGAGUCGUGAGGAAGCCUCUGGUGCCGCAUCACCUAGCCCAUGCUAUAGAUGUGGUGAAGAAGGGCACUUUGCCCGUGAGUGCACAAAUUCCACUAAGCUUGCUCAGGCUGGCAAGAGGAUUCUUGAGGAAACCUCUGGUGCUGCAUCACCUAGCUCAUGCUAUAAAUGUGGUGAACAAGGGCAUUUUGCUCGGGAGUGCACAAGUUCCACUAAGGGCGGCAAGAGGAUUAUUGAGGAAACUUCUGUUGCUGCAUCACCUAGCUUAUGCUAUAGAUGUGGUGAACUAGGGCAUUUUGCUCGUGAGUGCACAAGUUCCACCAAGGGUGGCAAGAGGAAUCGUGAGUUAUCAAAUUCAAGAUCGAAGUCACAAGUAGAAGAAACUAACCAUAUGGUGUCAAAAUCUGCACCUCAUGAUAAGAAGAAAAAGAUAAACCAUGAAGAACAAUACUCCAACCUGCCUAGUAAGUCGGGACAAACGGGUCGCUGGAUACUGGAAGGUAGUGGUUCUGGUAACUUCUUCAAUGGCACAUUUAUGAGAAAUGACUGGAAUUCUCCUGUUACACCAUCAUCUCGGUGGGGUCAUAAUUAUUAUACAGAAUAUACCGGUCAAUACGCAAACCCUCAAUUUUCCGAUCAUUAUGCAAGCCCUCAAUCUUCCGGCCACUAUGCAGGCUCUCAAUCUUUCUCUAAGAGGCACACAUUACAUCCAGGGACUCCGAUGUCAUUAGGAACCACUAGAACUCCUCAGAAUGGAUACUCGGCGUCAAGAUUUGGAGGCUUUAGCAAUGAAGGAAGGAGGAAAAGCUACGGAUGGUGGUAGAAAGUGUUAUUUGAUUUGAAUGAUUGGUAGCUGUUGGGAAAAAAAUACUGCUCGAAGAUUUGUUCUCUUCAAAGCAGAAUCUGAGAUCAUUGUAAGUUAUAUUGCUUCAUUUGUAACAGUACCAAAUUUACUUUUUUUUAGCGUAGUUUACAUGUUACCCUAUUGCUCGUUAGAGUUGCUUGUCAGGUUUCUUUUUCUGCAGUUUAUAAAUUUACACAUUUAUUAGUUUCUCUGCA